UCCCAUAUGUAAAUGUUGGCUUGGUGAUAAAAUAGAUUAAAAAUCAGAACAAAAUGUAUUUAAAGGAUUAUUAGAUAUCAGGAUGUCACUGACUUCUAUUAAAUCUAUGCAUGGCCAACACGAGAACAAUCAAAUGAUGGUAAAGGCAGCUUGAAUCAUCCAGGCGGCACGUGACGAUGGACCCACAAGUACCGACAGGAGUAGACUCGAUUUCCCAGAGUGCUUUGCAAACAGAGCAACAAAUAUGGCGGCUCGCUUCCCCGGUACCUGUGGACGUGACGGGGUUUAUCAACAGAUGAGCUAAGGGAACCUCCGCCGAGCUGCUGACAUUAUUACCGCUGUUGCACAGCCGCCAUUCCUUUCACUCGACUGCACAGGCUGUCCGGCCCUAAACGGAAAGAAAUGCCUUCUCCCAAGACCAAGAGCGCCGGCCGCAGGGACGGAAGCCCGGUGCUCGGCAGCUCCUUUGAGUUCGUGUCGCUGACGAAGCCGCUGAACCGGUCCUCCUCCCCGCCGCACCUCCUGCAGCGACAGGGCUCCGACCCGACCGCGGCCCGCCUCCGGGCCUCGGAGAGCCCGUCGCGCCGCCGCGGCUCCGGCUCCUCCACGGGCUCGGCGAGCGGCCAGGGGCCACCUGAGGAGGACGGCAUCCGGCUGAACCCGUCGCUCAUCGGCAUCUCGCUCAGCUCCCUGCUCGCCAUCGACCUCUGGCUGUCCAAGCGGCUCAGCGUGUGCGCCUGCGAGGACUCGUCGUGGGGCAGCGCCCGGCCGCUGAUGAAGCUGAUCGAGGUGUCCGGCCACGGCAUCCCGUGGCUGGCGGGGGCUGCCUACUCUCUGUACAAGAGCGACAGCGCUGCAGGGCAGGAAGUCAUGCUCAACCUGCUCAUGGGCCUUCUGCUGGACCUGAUCCUGGUGGGCAUCGUCAAAGCAGUGGUGCGUCGGCGUCGUCCUUCUCACAACCAAAUGGACAUGUUUGCCACGUUCUCCGUGGACCGCUACUCCUUCCCCUCCGGUCACUCCACCCGAGCCGCCAUGUGCGCCCGGUUCCUGCUGGCUCACCUCGUGCUGGCCGCGCCCCUGAGGGUCCUGGUCUUGCUCUGGGUGGGCCUGGUGGGGCUUAGCCGUGUGCUGCUGGGCAGGCACAAUGUGACCGAUGUGCUGUUUGGGUUUUGGAUGGGUUACUGCCAAUACAACCUGGUGGAGAUACUGUGGCUCUCUCCUCAAACUCUACAGGGGCUACUGGGCCAUUUAGCUUAAUUGUAAAGACUAUAAUAUGAGAAGAGUGCGUUUAAAAGGUUUUUACUUUAAGGUCCUCUGCACAUUUUUAUUUUAUUUCUACAUCCUAAGAUGUUUUGCUUUGGGGUAGGGUCGGGAGAAGAGUUCCUCAGAGUGCUGCUUCCUCCUUCUACUUUCUGGUCUUAUUUCCCUUCUAGGUUUGCAGUUUCUAGAAUAAUUAUAGUCAGGCAGAACCUGAGCUGAAUCUUCUGAGGGGUCCUCCUGAACAGUAGAGUCGGCUUGUUUUUAGGAUAUGGAGUUCAGCUCCUCACUGAGAAUCUCACAUACACCAUCCUGGUAAAUGGUAGGAUCCAAACAUCUCUCCAGGUGGUUGCAGUAAGAUCGCCGGCAUUAGUCACAAUGUUGUGGCUGAUAAGUUCAAGGAUUUUAAUCACAGAAGAGACCAAAUGGGAAGAGACUCGGUUUAUUUCUUAACCAAGUCACUGAGCCCUAUCGACCAACCGCUUCAUCAGGAUACACUUGAUUACUAAAUCCAUUCUUAGGACCAAGCUUUGAAUAUGUUGAUCUGACUAAACACCAGCUAUACCAUAAAGCUCCAACCAUGAAUAACUCACCUGUGCUUAAAUAAAAAAAA